AUGUCUCCAACUCCGACUUUUAAGCAUUCGGCGGCGUAUACAAACGACGAAUAUCAGUCAACUCACUAUAAUCUCUUCAAGGACUCCAUAACAGCCCCUUUGAAGCCUGUACUCCCUCCAGGUGUUACAAGAUAUGCAUUGGAUGCUGCCAUCCUGCAGUACAUGGCCAUUGUUGGCUGGGACCAGGUUGUACAAGGGGAGGCACUGACGGAGUACAUCGACCCAUAUGAGCUCAAUGAAGCAGAGGGAAAACGCAAGAUUCCCAGCGUAGCAGUGCGUCCAAAGAACGUGGAGGAACUGCGCAAGGUGCUUGCAGUCUCGGAUGAGUAUAGCAUCCCAGUUUGGACCUUUUCCAGAGGAAAGAAUCUUGGUUAUGGCGGCCCAGCUCCCCGUGUGAGCGGCUCCGUUGCUCUGGACCUCCACCGAAUGAACAAGAUCAUUGAGGUCAAUGCUGAGUUUGCGUAUGCCGUUGUCGAACCCGGCGUCACAUUUACGGAGCUGUACGAGUACUGCGUGCGCAACAAGCUCAAAGUAAUGCCCUCUGUGCCUUCACUCGGCUGGGGUUCCGUUGUUGGGAAUACACUAGACCGUGGGACGGGCUUUACUCCGACGGCGACCCACCACCAGCAUAUCUGCGGUAUCGAAGCCAUGCUGGCUAACGGAGAGGUUGUCCGCACAGGUCAAUUCGCCGUGUCCGGGUCGCCCAACUCACACCUCUCCAAGUUCACCUUUGGCCCCAGCAUCGAGGGCCUCUUCCUCCAAUCCAACCUUGGUAUAGUAACAAAGCUGGGCAUAUGGCUGACGCCGUCUCCUCAAGCAUUCAUGUCAUGCUCGUUCUCUAUGCCGGAUCUUGAAGAUGUUGAGACCAUUGUUGAUGUCUUCGGUCCUUUGCGACGGGACGGACUUCUUCCGAAUACAGUUUACGUCUCAAACGUCAUUGAGUGGCUAGGCAUGAUCGGGAAGCGGGAGGAGUUCUGGUCGCAACCUGGACCAAUUCCCGACUGGCGAGUGAAGGAGCUCCAGAAAGAGUUGGGCCUGGGAUACUGGAAUGUGAAGUUCGGUCUAUAUGGCGCACCGGAUGUCAUUCGAGCACACUUCAACGAGCUCAAAAAGAUUGUCGAGAAGAAGGCGCCGAAGGGACAGCUAACAGGGGAGAUUUUCGCAGCGAAAGACGGAGAAGUGCUGGAUGCAGCGUCUGUACCGGAGCAGCAUGGCGGCUUCUUUCUGGGAAUACCCUCAUUGUGGAGCUUACCCAUGGUCAAAUUCCGGUUACCCAAGAACGGAAAAGGUAUCGGCUCGCAUUAUGACUACAGUCCCAUCGUCCCCUCGAGCGGGAAAGCGGUGCUGGAGUGGGUAAAGGUUGCAAAAACGAUUUGUGAAGCGGAAUCUUUCGAUCUUUUCUGCGACUUCUUCAUGCAUGAGCGCCAUGUCAUCUUUGUCAACAUGAUGACCUUUGACAAGACCAAUCCGGAUCACCGCAGCGCGGUGCAGACCAUUUUCCAGAAUCUGUUCGAAGAAGGGAAGAAGCGCGGGUAUAGUAAAUACCGCAGCCAUAUCAACGCCAUGGACCAGGUAGCUUCACUUUAUGACUUCAAUGACCAUGCAUAUCGCCGCUUUGUCGAGACUAUCAAGGAUGCACUCGACCCGAAGGGCAUUCUUUCACCAGGAAAGCAGGGAAUAUGGCCAAAGCGGUUCCGAACGGAUGAGAAGCUGAAGGCGCAUUUAUGA